AUGGAACAUUUUGUGGGAGCUGGUGAUGAUAAGGGAUUAAACCAUUUGCUAGCUAGCAGAAAGGAGUCUGGAGUAGAACCUGGUGUCAAUGUUGAAGAUUAUCUUCUUCCUCGAACACUGACUCAAAGACUAGCCAAAGGAGUCUUACCACCUAAUACUUCCAUUCAUCGAGAUGCACUUCUAGCCAUAACAAAAGCAGCUACAGUCUUUGUUUCAUACCUCUCAUCCCAUGCUAAUGAGGAAACCGAUAAAAAAACAAUAACUCCACAUGACAUUCUUUCUGCACUCAAAGAAAUUGAAUUUGAAUCAUUCUGUCCCCGCCUUGAACGCGAGUUGGAUUUCUAUGCCGAAGCUACUGCAUAUAAGCAAAGGAGUAAGAACGAUAAAGGGCCAUCGGAUAAGCUACCCAACAGAGUCAUGGCUGACCUGGGGGAUACUAAGAAGGAGCUGGGUAAUAAGAGAGUAAAGUUGGGUGAUGUUUUGAAUUUGAGAAAGGAAGGAGAUGGGAAUAAACAUGUGAUGGACAUGUCCAAAAAUGGUGAUAUUGCUGAUCGCGGCGCUGGAUAUCAUAAGGGCGAGUAUAGCCCAGGUGAUGUCAGUGGCCAAGAUAACGAGCAGGUGGAGGAGGAAUGGGAGGCUGAAGAAGACGAAGAGGAGAAAGAUGGUGAUGAUAAUGAAGAUAUCGAUACAGAGGGGGGCUACAGUGAGCAAGGAAUGAGUUCAGAGAAUGAUAAUAUUAGUCCAGAUGAUGACUAA